UUGUGAAACCUUAAUAGACUGGUGACCGCAUGCUUUACGCUAACAUUAUUUUACUCAACAGUAAAGAAGGUACCAGUCGUGACAGAUUGCACAUGGUGUGUUUGACGUUUUUGUUUACAUUUUACUACAAGGGGCAGCAAUGUUUACGGAGUUUCAACAAAUGAAUACAUUUACAAUAUAUAGCAUGUUGUAUAUAUAGAGGCACAUAUCGCUACAAGCCACUGUGUACUUUAACUUAAGAUCUCAAUAAAAUUACAUAGGUACUGAGGUAGGUAGAUAUACAUAGGCCUAUAGCUACCGCGUUGGGAGAGAUGUUCAUGGGAUAAUUUCCGUAAUCUACAAUAUGUCUGCGGCUAAGAAACCAAAGUUACGCUUCAUAGACAACUUCAUGAUCAGUGGUUUCGCCGCGACCAUUUCGAAGACCGCAGCUGCUCCUAUAGAACGUGUCAAACUUUUAGUCCAGAGUCAAGAUGAGAUGCUCAAGGCUGGUCGCAUUUCUAGGCCUUACAGAGGCAUCCUGGACUGUACUCUACGCACAUACCAGACUGAGGGAAUCCUUCCCUUCUGGAGGGGAAACCUGGCUAACUGUAUCCGGUACUUCCCUACACAGGCUCUCAAUUUUGCCUUCAAAGAUAAAAUCAAAAUCAUUUUUAAAGCCAGCAGCAAAGACUCGCAUGGUAUGAAGUUUUCAAAGAACGUUUUUUCUGGAGCCAUUGCUGGUGCGUUGUCACUGCCUUUCGUGUACUCCCUAGACUACGUCCGAACGCGCAUGGCCAAUGACACUAAAGCAAUCGGCGGUGACAGGCAGUUUAAAGGUCUGAUCGACGUGUACCGUAAAACUCUCAAAUCAGAUGGCAUAAUUGGACUGCACAGAGGUUUUGUAAUCUCCUGUUUUGCCAUGUUCAUUUACAGAGGCUGGUAUUUCGGAUUCUACGACACACUCAAGCCAAUUGUUCUGGGAGAAAAUGCCAGUGUCAUCCUCUCGUUCUUGCUUGGCUACAUGGUGACGAUCUCAGCGGGACUUGUUGUGUACCCUCUCGACACGGUUCGUCGGCGAAUGAUGAUGACUUCUGGACAGGCGGUCAAAUACACGGGAUCCGUGGACUGUGCUGUUCAAAUCUUUAAGCACGAGGGCUACAUGUCCUUUAUGAAGGGAGCCGGGGCAAACAUUCUGAGAAGUGUUGCAGGGGCAGGCGUCUUAGCAGGUUUUGACAAAUUGCAGGAGUUGUACAUUACUUUCUGUGUUACUGUUUAAAACCGGAAAAAGCACCUGAACUAUGCAAUAUGACUGAAUCAUGAAUUAAUAUUUAGAUAUUUAUGGAUCUUACUCAACAUUAAUAAACAGUCAUAAAUAUUGUGUAGUUACUGGAUCACAUUUACUGCUUUAAACUUGUAUUUAAAAAUGCAUUUAUUAAUA